CUCUGCUCAGGCAGAGACGAUGGCAGGAGCCUUGGGGGCCGGUUGGACAUACAGCACUGGGAAAGGGCUGCCGGAGCAAAUGGAUUUUUAAAGCAUCCUUCGGCUGCUCCCAGCGAGGCUGGCUCUGCUGUCAGCCAUGCCACGUGCCGAGCCGAGGAGCCUCUCCAGCACCACUUUGCUCAGAGCAGAGCCCAGCUUGCAGAAUUACUAUUUUUAAUUCACCUCACUGGCACUCAGACUGUUUUCCAGGAGCAGAGAACUCAGAAGUAAGAAAUCAAGAUGCUCCUUAAGAAAAGGAUCCCUGCCCAGGGCAAGUGGUGGAGGACCACGGAUAAGGGUUCCCCGCUGAAGGGUGAGACAUGCGGUAGGAGCCAGCGCAUCCCACCAAAGAACGAGACUCGGUUGUGCCGCGCAGCCCUGGGUGCCGCGGGACGGACAGGACAUGCACUGCAUCGCUACCCUGAUCUCGGGACUCCUCUUCAUCCUCAGUGUGACCAGCACAGAUGGCUUUGCCAGGGCAGGCCGCAGAGUCUGUGCCGCGACACCGCAGAGCCAGGCAGCCGCCUACACCGAGUCCCACGUCCAGCCCGUGUACCAGCCCUACCUCACCACCUGCCAGGGCCACCGCCUCUGCAGCACCUACAGGACCAUCUACAGGGUUGCCUACCGGCAGGCGUACAAGCAGAUAUCCCAGUCUGUGGCCUCAUGCUGCCCCGGCUGGAGCAGGGCUAACAGCCACACGCUCAGCUGCAACAGAGCUCUCUGCUGGGUGCCAUGCCAGAACGGCGGGAGCUGCACCUUCCCCGGCAGAUGUGCCUGCCCGCCUGGCUGGACGGGGCAAGCCUGCCAGACAGACAUGGACGAGUGUGCCAGCCAGAGCCACGGGUGCGGCCAGCUCUGCGUCAACACGGCUGGGAGCUACCACUGUGCCUGCCGGGAUGGCUUCAGCCUCACUGCCGACAACAAGGCGUGCCAGCCCCUGGUGCCAGCGCCCGAGCCCGAAACCUUCAGCCAAGCAGGUCCUCCCAGUGAAAUGAAGGAAGAAAUGGAAGACCUGAAGAGCAGAGUGGAAGCGCUGGAGCAGAAGCUGCAGUUGGUGCUGGCCCCCUUCCAUAACCUCAUGCCAUCUGCGCCGGAGGAUGUCGGCGCAGACCCCAUCAGCUGGCUGUCCCACUCCCUCCAACAACUGGACAGAAUUGACUCCUUGAGUGAGCAGAUCUCUUUCCUUGAGGAGCGGCUGGAAACAUGUAAGUGCCUGGAAAAAGCAGGGGUGAAGUAUGUCACUCCUCCCACGCCGGCCACGGUGAGCAGAUGUGGGCCAACGAGAUCAGUAACACAUAUGCCAUUAUUAAUCUAUAUCUCCCUCAAGCUCAGCAGCCUGUAAUUAAUAAAAGAUGAACACAAACAGCCCAUUAGCUUAAUUUCAAAGCUGUUUCUAUGGCUGCACCAUCUGACUGCCUGCCCUUGUAGCAGCCAAAAAUCCUAAGAUCAGCACAUGGAAAUGUGGCUCUGGGGCAGAGACAGCCCACUCUGAGCAGCGGGUCACAUCACGUAGUCAUCACUCUCGCUGGCUGCAUUCCCUUCCUGUACCGUUAUAACUUAGUCCUUAGAAAAGGAACUCCAGCCCUUAGGAAAUUAACUGUCCAAAAAGUCAAUCAGGAAAGUUUAGGGAGCAUGCAGAAGCUGGCAGAUUUAUGAGCCUGGGAAAUUUUAGGCAUUUCUUUUUGAAGCCUACAGACCAGUCCUUUGCCAAGCAGUGGACCAGAGAGGGUCUCGCAAGUAGCAGACUGAAGAAGGGAGGCUGGUGAGAGCUGUCAUGUGUGAAAUGGCUGAAGGCGGGGGGUCCUGCCCUCUGUGUCCCCACGGCACCACAGAGCAGGACAGGGCAGUGUCCCCUCGGGUCCCUGAGGUGUGUGCAGAGCCCUCUGGAGCACUGCAGCUUGACUCAAAAGCAGAGCACAAACCAUAUAACGCUUUAUUUUGUUAGGCAGCUCUUUGCAGCUCAUUUUCCCAUUAAUUCCAGCCAAACACGCCCAGAAACUAGGCAUGGCUGGGCCAGCUCAGGAGCUGGUGUGCAGCAGCAGCAGCAGCCUGGUGCUCAUGGCAGAGGGGUGGAAAGUCUAAGGGGAAACUGUGUCAGGGCAUAUCCAGUCCCAGUUCACUGCCUGCAGUAAUGGCUUAGAUAUAAAAGACUUCAAAGAACUUGUUUGAAGACUAAAUAGCUGCAAAUAGACACUUAAAAAACAUCUCAGAAAGGGGUAAUCAUCAGAACCACCGAGUGUUCCAGCAGACAGAGUUUCCUAGUAGUGCCCUGUACAUAUUAUUAGUGACAGCACCAAGGAAUGUGAGCAGUAUCACAAGGUAACAUGGAUUUAUUCCAAGGGAUGACUCCUAAGUCCUGAAAUUAACUUCUGCCAAGCCUGUUCUGGCAAGCAAAACUUGUUUUUGUCCCUCUUAUGGUCUUGAAAGUCCCUGGAGGACAUGAGCCUGUCCUUUCGUACUCCAGCAAGCACUGGGGCUUGCAGGGCAUCCCACAGAGAGUGAAGCAGCCAUCCAUUUUCUGUGCCUUGUGAAGCAUGUCACCAAUGAAUGCUGAGACACAACUGCACUCUCCAAUUAUCUGCCCAGUGGGGAUGUGUGUAGGGACUGAAAAACUUUUCCUUUAAACCACCAGUGAAGGCACAAGGUCAGAUCUCUUGAAGCCAUAAACGUUUUAGCCCCUCUCAGUCUGAAUUACCUGCAGUUCAGCACAGACUGGCAAUGCUUGGCUGUGACACAGCCAGUCAGCAGCACGACAGGCUCACAACUGCAUGUCGCUGUGCCACAGUUGCCCCGUGCAGUCCCUUCCCCAGCCCACAGAGCCCCCCGGGCACUGGGGACUUUGGGGACCAGCAGCACCUGCUUUCUAUUACUGUCACACAGAGCCACUGGCUGUGUCUGCAGUGGGGACAGGCUGGUCCCAGCCUUCCAUCCUGGGACAGCCAGUGUUAUUGUCCCCCGUGCCUUGGGACGCUUCGCUCAGACCUUCCCAGGCCAAGGCGAGGACUGCGGCACACCGGGGAGGCGAGAGUGACACUCCCAGAUGUGGCAGGACAGAGCCAGCCUGGGGCUGUUUGGCAAAGGGAAAGCAGCAAGUGUGGGUGACGCUCAGAGAGGCUGAGGUCAACCUCAUCCUUCUUGGGGAAAGAGACAAACGAAACCCUGGCUAACAGCAUCGCUGCAUUGUUUGGGUGUUGUUUGUUUUUUUUUUUUCCAUCUUCCCAGGUUCCUGCAAGAAUGAACUCUAGCAGAGCACCCAAGGAACUGGAGCAGGCCCCAGGCUGGGGACAAAGCCACACCACCUACAGGAAGGCACGGGGUAGCAGAAGGCUGGUUUCCCAUCAGCAUCUCCAUCAUUUGCUCUUCCAGCUCACCUUAUCAAAGGUCACGCCGUUACUUCCAAACCGGACUCUGAGCCCUCAGCAUCUCACCCCCUUCCUGCUGGAGAGGCAGAAAAUAAAUGCCUUACCUCA